AUGUUUGGAGAAAUUGAUGAUCAACAAAACUUUAACGCAAUUGAAGAAAAAUUAAAGACCAUUCACGCUGCAACAACUGAUUAUAAUAGCUUAGAAGCCAAUAAAUUUCUACAAAAUUCAAAGAUUCCUCAUAAUCAAAUUAUAAAAUUAGAAAAUGGAAAGGAAGUAAAGCGUGGAAUGCAGGUUGUUAAAAAAUUCUAUCAACCCAUAGCAAAGCCAGUUGCACAAAAGGAAAUCGUAGACCUAACCUCGACAGUUGAAAACUCUAAAGAAAAACAUGUCUCUAUUCUAACAGAACUUAAAGAUUGUCCAAAUAUAAUAACUUUUUAUGGCACAAUGUUGCUCAAUAACAAAUUAUAUGUCAUCUCAGAAUGGGCCGAAGAAGGUGACCUUAAUACAUAUCUGAAAGAGCAUCCAGGUUUAUCAUGGGAGUUCAAAUUAAAAAUUUCCUGCGAGAUUGCAAGCGGUCUAGCUUUUUGUCAUUUCUGUGAUAUUUUACAUCACGAUAUAAGAAGUCAUAAUAUACUGUUAACGGAAAAUCUAACGGCAAAGAUUAGUAACUUCAGGGCUAGUCGUAAAGAAAAGGACCAUACGACACCCGUGAGGGAUUUUAUGCUAAUAUCUAAAUGGCUUUCACCUGAAAAGCUUAAGGAUGCCAAAACCCCUUACUCUAAACAAUGCGACAUAUACAGUUUUUCAAUAUUGCUUUGGGAGUUGGCUUUUCAAAAAAUGCCUUUUGACAAUAUUAAGAAUGUAUCUGAUUUGAUUGAAAUUGUUUUGGAAAAAAAUGAGCGUCCACCUCUAACAGGAAACAUUCCUCCUGAAUAUGAAGAAAUUAUGAAACUAGGAUGGAGUCCAUAUCCGAUCAAACGCCCAACAGCUGAUAUGAUCUUUACUGCUGCAACAAAAUCGUCCAACCGGG